AUGGCCCGUUUGUCAGACUGUCCGGCUCACUUCUCGAUCGACAAGUACAAGGCUCCGAGUGCGCUACCCCUCAGGAAUAACACUGUUCGUUCGAACAUCUUCGCUCAGCUGGCGAACCCAUCGGUCGGCUGGACAAGAGUUGAGACGCAAUGUGUAAUUCUCCAGGCUGUACAUCAGGCGGGUCCGCCAAGUCAGUGCAUCGAGCGGUCAAGCCACUCUAUCCUCACAGAAACUCCGUUUGGCCAUGCUAUGCUCGCGCAGCUUGAGAGCAACUUGGGCCGCAUCGAAGAAAACUGGGAAUCAUGGAGGGCUGCAGCAAUAUUCUCCCUACUCACUCGACGAGUACUGAGCUUGAAACGAGCCCAGGACGUUCGUUCUCGCGCGCUUGAUUAUCUUGAGACUUUGCGAGCGGUUUGCUUGAAAUGGUUACGACGCUUGAAGGAGCGAGUGGCUGACUCAACGGACGACGGCCAGCGCACAGAACUUUGGAGCCGCGCUACAGAGGUAGCGCUGCUGUGCACCUCGACCUAUGAUGUGGAAGAGUCUGACUUUAAGACUGUGCUUCAGCAAAGGUCGGCAAUCUCAACGUUGCUUCAAUCGUCUAUUGUUGUGCAGGAGCACUGUGGAACCAUGCAGUCGGAUUUCACAGAGCUCUUUAGUAUCUCACUACAGUCGUGGAAGUCACUGAUGUAUCGCAUCCUUCCGAUACUACGGAACCGCAUCAUCAAGGAUGACAGUGGCCUUUCGGAUGCCAUCAAAGCGAAUUGGGCCGCAUUCAAAGAAUCGAAUUCCAGUAGUUCUUGGAGUUCGCUGGACGAAAACCGCCAAAAGCAAUGGAUGCUUGCGACAUCAGGCUCCUUGCCGGUGCACUUCAACCUGCUCACUGGAGAGCUACUUGUCAAUGGCCUUCCGUUGGCUCAGCUUCAUGCCGAGUAUGAGCGACAUAGAAUGUACGAGCCUUUAUUCCACAAAUCAGCUCUGGAAGUUGUGCCGACCGAUGAAAUCGGGUUCAGGUUCUCUGCAAAGACUCUGUAUCGAGGCUACAAUCUUCAUUUUGGUAUGAGCGGCAGCGAUCUGCUGAUGUGUGCCAUUGGAUAUGGCAAGAGGCUCGAAUUGCUGCCUUCACGUCUAUUCCAGGACCUUUUACCUCAGUCCUUGGUGACGCAUGCCGUACACAUGUACGAUUCACAGGCUCAAGAGAUCUUGUUUCGACCUAUUUAUUCGCCCUGGUCGACUGAAGGCGACGAUACACGAUGGCGUCUUGUACGACACGGAACUUUGUGGCGGCUAGUCGACACGGACAAGGUUAUGAUUGACGUGCGUAGCCGUACAGCCCGUACCAUCUCAAACAUGUUGGCACCACUAGAGAAACCGCUACACAUGCACAUGCGUCUCGUUGAUCCAGACAAUACUUCUGAUCUCCGUGUUGAGAUAGAGCUACCGCGACUACAACUCUCGUUCGAGUUCACCGAAGCGAAUGACCACUUGCGCUCUCGCCAAUUUCGCGACAUGAUUAUCGACUCUGAUCAAACGAUGGGAGCCCUCGUUGGCAUGCAAAGUCGGUUGAUAUUGAGGUCAGCGGAAGGUCGGCGAAUGAUGAUCAUUCCGGAAGGAUCAGUCAGUUUCGCGAAGGGAGACUUACAUCAUCCUAAGGUCAAGAUGCUAGAAGACUCGGCAAUUCGGAUUCGCGCUUAUCAAAUCGACGACACGCUUGGUCAGAUAACCGGAGAUGGAAGCCUACGAAAUGACUUCGAGAUGAUCAGAAAAGCCCAAAAGAAGUUGAUGUCGUCUUCAACUGCCUAUUUGGAUGAGCGAUCUUCAAUUCGCACUGCCACGUUCUACGUCACCGGCUUUGGUGCAGAGCACUUCAGCUCUGCACAAGACUCGCAUUACGAUCGGCGAGACGCCCAAUUACAUUCCAAAAGAGGGGUUCAGGCUAUUACGACAGCCAAGCUAAUGCUACGGGAUCAAUUCAGCCUUCACAGCCCUAUCACAGGAUUCAAAGGCAGGCUUCUCCAACAGCACUUCAAACAUGCUACCAUCCUCGGAGUGGAUCGUUCCUUCGAUUCUGCAAGUCUCCGAUACGAUUCAAAGUGGCUGGACGAUGCAUCAAAAGGAGUUAUAGAGCAAUGGUGCACUCUACAACCAGGUCUAGCCGGCGUGUCUACCAGGAGCAACAAUAGAUACGACGUGAUUACAUGGCUGUCUGCAAUGUCUUACGCCGAGACAGCGGACAUGGAUGUCAUACAGUCGUUUGCUGCAUUCUACAUUUCACAGGACUUUUCCACAGUACAACCACCUGCUGCUUCAAAGUUCGAGUUAGCUAAGGGACAUGUCUUUCACGAAACAACAAUCGAGAACAUCCUUCAGAACAACGCCAAGCCAUUCGAAGAUUCUCGUGAAGCGAUGUCACCGAAGUCGGCUUCAGAGACUGAACAGCAGCAUCACAACAGAAUGAACUCUUUGUUUCGACAACGGAAGAAUAGUGCAAUCCAGACCUUCGUGAGCGGCUUGAAGAAGCAGUGGCCGAUACAAGUUCCUGCAUUACCGCAAGCAGCUGCAACUGACACGUACGUUAAUGUGUCUGAUGCAAUGGUCACUGUCCGGAACCAUUUCUACACCUGGUACGAUAACCACAUGUUCAUGGAAUACCUUGGAAAAUUAUCGACGAUCAUGGAACGACAGGCAGCAUCGCAGAUACUGGCACCACGGCAUAUUCUCACCUCGCCGCCAAAGCAGAACAGGCUCAGCGACUCCGCUCGGCAUCUCAGCGUGGCGGAUGUUUUCACUUCGAAUCCGUCUCUAUCCAUUGAAACCCUUUCACUGAAAGCUCCUUCUGAGCCUGCAGUGACAGUCGCCAGAGAAUAUAAGCCCGAGGAGCAUUCCCCGGUGAAAGAGAGGCUUGAAGAGCUUUGCCGAAGGAACAUGGUAUACGCCACGUCCAAGUGUGAGCGAGAGUACGUUGAGAAUCUACGAUCAAGCUGCGAUGCCCUCAACUCGUUCAUCAACAGCAAGCCCACGCAUGACGAGUUAGUUGCAGAUGUUCAAGCUCUGCUACACGACUACCUCAGCAAGUGCCAGAACCAUGUUGAGACCUUCAACUCCGCAUUGAAGGGGCUUUUUAGCCACCAAGUCGCCUUUCAAACACAGCUGUCGCCACGAUUAUGUACAAAGUUCUGGCUCGGUCAACUACACAGAGACCGAUUCGACACACUAUCGUCUGCCUGGAAAGAAUUUGUCAUUCAGUAUGCGCUCGCUAUCACAAAUCUACAACGCGCUCAGCGGCUACUCCGCCUAUCCAAGAAGCCGGUCGAUCUCGUGGAGGAGCUCCGCCAUGUUGGACAUAGCAAUUGGGACGUGCAUCAAUACCCAGAGACUCUUCUCAUCGAGGCUGAGAGCGGAAUUCUUGUACGGGCCGAACAGGAGUUUAUUGCUAGCCAGAUGCGUUCGCCAAAAGAUGGCUGGAAUAUCGUGCUUCAACUGCUCAUGGGCGGUGGCAAGAGCUCAACUAUUCUUCCCAUACUCAGUGCUUUUCAUGGAGACAAGAAGAAGCUUGUCCGAGUGGUCAUCGCAAAACCCCAGAGCCGGCAGAUGCUGCAAAUGCUGGUCGCUAAGCUUGGUGGUCUCUUGAACCGAAAAGUUUAUCAGAUGCCCUUCUCACGCAACCUCCGACUUAAUGCUCAAGAUGCCGUCACCAUCCGCGAGAUCUACGAAGAAUGCAUUCGCGAGCGCGGUGUAUUACUGAUUCAACCGGAGCACAUCCUGUCCUUCAAGCUGAUGGCAGUGGAAUGUGUUCUUAUUGAUCAGCCGGAAACCGCUCGGAAACUGCUAGCAACCCAGCAAUGGUUCGACGACGUGUCAUGCGACUGUAUCGACGAGAGUGAUGAGAAUUUCUCGACCAAGUUUGAGCUCAUCUACACGAUGGGCAGCCAGAGUUCGAUAGAAUACGCUCCAGAGCGAUGGUUGAUCAUUCAGGAUCUUCUAGCGCUAAUCCCCCCUGUGGCGAAGCAGGUCAAGGAGAUCCAUCCCGAGGCGAUUGAUAUAGAAGGCGAUGGCGACGGGCGAUAUCCCAGGAUUAGGUUCCUACGACCAGACGCUGCCGAUCUGGUUUUGCGUCUGCUCGCGACAAAGGUCGUUGAAUCAGGCGUAGGAAGUCCAUCUCGUUCGCAGUCUCCCACCAUGCAGGCCGCGAUACUGCGCUACAUAUCCGUAACGGAGCUGGAACCUCGUGAGAUCGAGGAAGUCGAACACAGCAAAUUUUGGACCGAGACGACUAAGCCGGCACUACUACUUCUGCGCGGGCUAUUUGCAGGGGGCGUGCUGAACUUUGUGUUCUCGCAGAAGCGAUACCGCGUCAACUUUGGUCUCGACAACACACGCACUCCAGCCACUCGACUAGCCGUACCAUAUCGCAGCAAGGACUCUCCUUCACCUAGGAGUGAAUACUCACACCCUGACGUUCUGAUUUUGUUGAGCUUGUUAUCUUGGUACUACGAGGGUCUUAGAAACGAGGACCUGUUCGAUACCUUGAUUCAUCUGUUGAAGUCCGAUCAAGCGACCAUUCACUUCGACGAGUUCGUCAGCACCGCCUCUUCAAGUCUACCCGAGGCCUUCAGACAGCUCUCUGGCUUCUCCACACGCGAUGAGCAUCAGUGCGUUGAGGAAGUAUUCCCAGGUUUACGGCAUUCCAAGAAGGCUGUCGACUAUUUCGUCUCUCACCUCGUGUUCCCCAAGGAACUGAAGCAGUUCCCUUUAAAGCUCAGUGCGAGUGGAUGGGAUUUGGCGAUCCAGAAACCGAAUCCCACGACCGGCUUCUCGGGAACAAACGAUACCCGGCAUCUUCUUCCACUCAACAUGCACCAACUUGAUCUGCCGAGCCAACAACACACCAACGCUCGGGUCUUGUCAUAUCUGUUGAUGGAUGAGACUUCUGUGGCCCAUUUACCCGCACGCGCCAUUGGUAGUACAAGCAGUAAAGAUGGACAGCAUCUUCUUGCUUUCAUCGAGGGGUUACAUCCAGACAUAAGAGUUAUACUGGACUGUGGCGCAUCAAUCCUUGAUAUGAACAACCGAGAGGUGGCUGAAGCCUGGCUGAAGCUACGAGGCAACGACGUCGCAGCCGUGGUAUACUUUGAGGACGAGGAACUGUCUGUCCUAGAUCGCUCUUCCAAGAUCGAAUCCUUCCAGACAUCUCCAUACGCGAAGAUGCUAGAUUCGUGUGUCGUCUACUUGGACGAGAGCCAUACACGGGGAACAGACAUACCAGGAUUACCGCGACACUAUCGGGCUGCCCUGACGUUAGGCAGUCAACUGACCAAGGAUCGCCUCACACAAGCAGCUAUGCGACUACGAAAGCUCGGUAAUGGCCAAUCGGUGUGCUUUGUCGUACCCGGGGAGAUACGUACCAAGAUCUACGAACGAAACGGCAAACCGCCCGGUACCCCAAUCGACGUUUAUGAGGUACUGGCGUGGGCGAUGGGCGAGACCUGGUCUGAUAUCAAACGUUCGCUCCCACUGUGGGCUGUGCAGGGGAACCGAUUCGAGAGCCGCAAGCACUUAUUGCUGGACGGUGCCAACACGACCAAAGGAACAGCGGAAGAGUUCCUAGAAGAGGAAGCAGCAAGCCUGGAGACUCGAUACAAGCCACGCGAGCCAGAUGACGAUAGCUCCAAACACCUCCAGGAUUGGGACGAAUCUAAUAAGAACAUCGUCAAGAUCGUAUCGCGAUGCCGUGAUUUCGAAGCCAUGGGCUUUGGCUCAGCUGCGCUAUCGGAGGAGCAGGAACGCGAACUCGCCCCGGAGAUAGAAGAGGAGCGCCAAAUCGAGCGCCCACCACGCCUGAAGGCUCAUCCGCAUAACUUUCACCCGGACCUGAAGCGCCUCAUCGAUACAGGAGAGUUCUGCGCCAGUUCAGAAGCAUGGGGACCGGCCUUCGAAGCCCUCUCCACCACGAGCGCUGCCAAGGAUGUUGAUCUGAGCAAAUUCCCUGACGACUUGCUGGUCACAGCGGACUUCAUACACACUGUUCAAGUUCCUCCGAGAUCGACUCGCGCGUCCUUCGUAUCCGACUCGUACCAACGACCUGUACAAUUCGUACUUUCCGUCCAUCGCCAGGGAAGUGUUAGCAAGCUCAUCAUUGUGAGUCCCUACGAGGCCAACCAGCUGGUACCUCUCCUCCGCCAGUCGAAGACAGUCUGCCUGCAUAUCUUCGCACCGCGUUCCAAUGCCAGCUACGCAUCGGUCGAUGAUCUCAUGCUAUAUAAUGUCGGCCGCAACUUCGUGCCUGGUUCAGUCUCGCGUAGCUUGACGAUGCAGCUGAAUCUCUUCGCCGGGAGCCUCUAUCUACGAUCGCUGUCGGAGUACGCCGAGAUCUGUGACUAUCUUGGUCUUCUAAAGGGAACAGCGAAAGACGGUCAGGAAGUCUAUGCAGAUGGCUUCAUUGAUCCGCCAGCUGGGAUCUGGGGGCUGGAGAAGUCUCCUGUGCCCUUCCUGCGAGCGCUACUCAUGAAGAUCCGGCGGGAAGGAGAAGGCGUCGAGAAGACCCAUCUGGGCAGGAUGCUAAGCGGAGUUCGGCUGGAGGAGAGCGACUUUGUGGUGGAAGAGUAG